AUGCUCCUGCCUCCGUUCAUCAAGGAGUACACAACAAAGAUAGAUGUCGUGCGCGAGGAUGCCCCACCGGAAUUGGUUCUGGGAGAAUAUGGUUUACUGGCUAAUUACAUCAAACAACGCCCUUUCGAGAGAGUGAGCUUUCUCCAGCCAGGUUUGCUUGAGAAACCUGCCAGCAAGCAGGAGACGCUGUCUGUCGUGAACGAUAUGAUGCCAAGCUUUCCAUCAACUCCGGAUGAGCUGACUGAGUGCAUCGGGGUGCCUAUAUACCUUGAGAACACCAACUUGAGCGUUCCCAAAGAGAUUGACGAAUUACCGCGCCGUCUGGUAAGCAAGUUUAAAAAUCCGAGCGAAAACACCACAAUGCCUAAAAAAUACGAAGACAGUCAGCGGUUGGUACGGCACUACAGAAUGCAGCCGUACGCUGUGGAGGAUCAGUAUGACCCUACUAACGUGUAUCUUCAAUUGGAAAAGAACUAUAACCAACUGACGAGUUCGCAACAGUCCUCGCUGCAAUACAUUUUGAACCUAUCGCGCAUUCUCGAACAAUACCUGAGCCAAACCUCAACUUUUCAAACAGAGUCAAACGAGAUUUUCAAGAUAGUUUUUUCGCAGCUCUACGACUUAGAAUUGUAUUCCCUGGCCCAGGUUCUGAUAGAGGUGGUGCUCACCACUCCUAUGGAUGAAAAGAGCCGUGCACUGAAGUCGGCACAAAAGGCACAUAUGAAGAUUACACAAAGAUUCCUCAAGACGAAGGCUAAAGGAGAGCGGAUAACCUUGGCAAAAUCAAAGCUUAAGGAUAAGGUUGGCCAGUCGAACUUGAAGAUAUACAACCACGGGUGGGUGGAAUUUAUUUUGAGAGAUUUGGGAUUGUUCACAAAAAUGGUCGACCUCUGGACCAGACUUGAGACUGAUUCUAAGUCGCUUCUAAGCGCAGUUUUAGACGUCGGUAAAGCUAGCGGACCGUCCGCAGAAGAACUACUAAAAAUACAGGAAGUGCUCGUGAAAGGCGGACAUCGUGAUCUGGCGCAAAAGAUCGCAAAGAGUUUCCAAGACUAA